AUGGCAACAUCACCACUAUUGAAGCGUACUAUAUCGUUUGGUUAUCCUCAAACUAUAAAUGAUCAAGAAAUUUCAAUUAAAAGAUUAUCAUCAUCAUCAUCUUCUUGUUCUUCUUCAGUUAUAGAAGAUGAAAUAAAAAUUCUUGAUGAAACAAUAUCUGAAGACGAUAAGACACUUAUUCAAGAAUUACUUCAAUCUAAUAAAGAUCUUAAAAAAGAAAUUCAUAAUAUUUAUCAACAAUUAAAACAUACUAUAAAAAUAAAUGAACAAUGUGUUGAUCAAGCAUAUAACAUGACAAGUUAUACGAAAAACAAUAAAAUGUACAAACAAAAAUUUGAAGCAUAUCAAGAGACCAUUAAUAAUCUUCGAAAAACAAUUCAAACAAUGGAAAAGCGAUUUGAAAAAUUGAACAUCAUAGAACAACAACAACAACAACCAAAACAAAUUGAUUCUAAACAAUAUCAUAGUCUUUCUACCGAUCAUCGAUUUAUUUAUGAAUUAUUUCAUUUAUGUCUUCAACAUUCAAAAAACUCUUCAAAAUCAAGAAUAACAACAAUUCAGUCUCAUCAAGAUAUGAAAACAUAUAUACAACAAACAUUUAAUUAUUUAAUAAAAAAAUCAUCUGAAAUAAAUUCGAAUAAAACGAAUUAUUUUACUUGUAAAUGUUCGAAUCGAAUUGAUUCUAACCAUAGACCAAGUUAUCAAUAUUGUCUAGAUAUUAUUGAACAAUAUCAAACAUUAUUUGACAUAAAAUGUUUUACACAUAUGUCAACAUCACUUAUUGAUUUAUAUUAUAAACAUGGAGAAUUAAAUAAUUUUAUUCAUGCUGUUUCAAGUACAUUGGGUAUUAAUAAUAAAAAUCAAAAAUUAUUAUUUAAAACUUUAGAAAAAAUAAUUGAAGAUUCGAAAUUAGAUAAAAUGUUUACAUUUAAGAAAUUAACAACAUUAAAAGAAAUGAAUGAAGCAAUGAGAAAAAUUCAUUCUUAUGAUAAUAAUGUGCCUCAUUAUCAUCAAUUUAUUGAAGAAUUAGCUGAUUUACUUGAAGUAUCAAAAGUUGAUCAAAUAAUACCAGCUAUUAAAACACUUAAAUUACUUGCACAUGUUGAUACUGAACAACAGUCUAGUUAUUUACCACGUAUAUCGGCAAUAAAUGUACCUAAUGAGACAUAUUCAAAUUCAUUUCGAACAAACUCGUCGAGUUAUAAUUAUGAACAAUCGAUUGAAAAACAAACUGAAUGA